AUGUCGAAGUCUUCUCUUAACUCCAACGCCCCGGUAUUUGUACCUGGGCAACCUUUUAUCUAUACGCCGCAAAACUGCGACGAUCGAUCAACUGCGACUCCUGCCGCUAGAUCGACGCCUUCUGAACCACAACAGCAACAGCAACAACAGCAACAGCAACAGCAGCAGCAACAGCAGCUGCCACAGCAGCAACAGCAGCAACAGAUGGAAGAGUUAUGCAAAGGCAUGGAAGCUGCUUCUGUUGAUGAGAAGACAUGGGAAGAUGAAGCUGACGAAAUAGUAGCAGAUGCAGCAUCUGCUGCCCCUUCAAGCACCUCUGCAGCUCCCGCAGCAGCAGCAGCAGCAGCAGGAGCAGCAGCAGGAUCAGCAGGAGGAGCAGCAGGAGGAGUAGAAGGAGAAAUAGAGGAAGAUGACCUAUCAUCAUCAUCAGGAGUAUUAGGUGGAUCUAUAGGUGGUGGUGCUAUACAAGGAAAAGGAGGAGCAGGAACAAAAGGAGAACCAGAUCCACGUCCUCAUUUAAAUAUUGUAUUUAUUGGUCAUGUAGAUGCAGGAAAAAGUACAACUUGUGGUAAUAUUCUCUAUCUAACUGGAGGUGUAGAUCAGCGAACUAUAGAAAAGUACGAGAGGGAAGCAAAGGAAAAGAAUAGAGAUUCAUGGUUCCUUGCAUUUGUUAUGGAUACUAAUGAAGAAGAAAGACAAAAGGGUAAGACAGUAGAGGUAGGACGUGCAUACUUCAGUACACCCGAUCGCCGAUUUACUCUUCUUGAUGCUCCUGGGCAUAAAGCAUUCGUACCUAAUAUGAUUGAGGGAGCAGCACAGGAGCACGUAUCCCGUGUAGGUAGUAGUUGUUAUGAUAAGAGAGGAAGUUGGUAUAAAGAAGAAGAGCCAACUUUAUUUGAAUUAUUAAAUACCCUAACUCCUCCACCAAGAAAACCUGAUGCUCCUCUUAGGGUACCUAUUCUUGAUGGGUAA